CAGGGGAGCAAGCAGGGUCUGAGCUUCCCUGUGAGGCGCCCCCUCCACCCGUCCCCUCAGACCCCCCCAGCGCCAUGUUCUCCCUCACCUCCUGGCUCCCCUCACUGCCCUCCUUGGACUGGGGCUCCAGCUUACUGGACUCCCUCCUGCAAGGCCUGAUUGGAGCUUGUGGAGUCUCUGUGCUGGGCAGCUUCAUGAAAAUCUAUUUCUUCAUCUAUUGUGUGAAUGACCCUAAAAGAGUUAAGGAAAAGCUGAACCUGCUGAGCCAAUGGACCCUGCUGGAGCCCCUGCACCUCCUGGGGCUCACAGCCUUCCUUACUGUGGUUGGGGCCCGCGUGGCUGCCCUCGUGGUACUGGAGUUCUCCCUCCGGGCUGUCUCCAUGCUGUUAACCUUGAACAAGGGCCCUCUGGUCCCCGAGUUCCUCCAGCUGUUCCUUCUGUGCCAAUAUUCCCUGGGCUGUGGGCUGACCUGUGGCCUGAGCUUCCUCCUGGAAGGGGCCCCACACCGGACUCUCAACUUGGCGCUCAGUCUGGGGCUGGCAGGGCUUCUAGCAAGUUGGUCCCAGCGCCUGUACCGCCAUGUCUGCCGCCUCUACGAAUUGCACAGCCAGGAGCACUACUGUGGGGCCUGCCUGACCCUUCUGGCCAAGUGGCAUGACCUGCCCGUCCUGCUGGGCCGAGCCCUACGUGUGGCCUUCUUGGUGGGUGACCUGGCGGCAGUGGCCCUCAUCAACAGUGACUUCCUGACCACAUCGGAGGCUGUGCGCUUCUGGACGCCGCUCACGAUCUGCUAUACCCUGCUGGUCAUCUACAUGCAAGAAGAGCAGCGGCAGCAUCCGAGCCAACAGAACCAAUACCAGACAGUGUUUGUACGAAUGGGAGGCCUCUUUAUUCUCCUGUUGACCGUCGGCCGCUGGCUGGACCUCAUGGGUGUCUUUGUUUCCCUCUUGGGAGAGCUCUGGUGCCUGGCGAGUUCUCGGGUUCUGCUUGACCUCUGUCACAAGCAGGAUCUCUCUCAGAUAUCUUCUACAGCUGAAAAGAAGGCCCAUUCCUAAGGCCAGGGUGCCAGAAGUGCGACUCUUCCAGGACCUGGAACCCAACAAGGACUGACCUGCUGUGGGGGAACACUUAGAAAUAUGGAGCUUGAGACUUAGCCCUGGGGCCCUUCAGGUCUAGAGGGAAGGGGUUCUAUUGCGGACAGAAGAGACUCCUUGGAGAUGGUGGGUUUCUGAGUCAAAGGAUGGAGAAGGAGCCCAGAUCAAACUUCAUAUUGUGGUCCUUAGACCAAUGUUAAGCUGCUGAUUUUAUCCCCUGUUUACCCCAAUGGGAGGUAAACAGACAGGUCCUCUACCAUCCCCUCUCAGGUCCCCCUUCCUUGUCCCAUUAGCAAUAAAAUAUUCAGACCCUUCCCACAGUGCAUUAUCACAGAGCCUUUUCAAGCUCUAACAUUCUUAAAGAGCACCUAGUCAAAAUAGGGAAACCGAGGCCCAGAGAAGAGAUGGCUUGUUCAAGGUUAUACAGCCACUUAGUGGAAGAGUAGAAUUCAGAAGCCACAGCCUGGGUGUGGGGAGAGCUGAACCUGGAGACAGAGAUCCUGCCCCCGAAAUCCAUCAGUUAUGAGGAGGUUGAGAUGAUCUGAGUGCAGGAAUCAUCUACUAUUCGUACCCAAGGCUAUGUCCAAGUUGGAAAGGCUCUCAGUGGCUCCAUAGUUCAACCUCUGUCUGGAUAGAAAUCCUUUCUACACCGUCUUGGACAAGUGAUCAUUCAGCCUUCACCUGAGGACCCCCAGAAAUGGAGGAUUCACCCCACCUCGAGAUAGCCCAUUCUGCUUUGGGACAGUUCUUAUCGUCAGGAAGUCUUCCAAAUGCAGCUGAAACCUGUCCCUCUGCCAUUUCUGCCCAUUGAGUCCUGUCCUUCCUGGUGGGGCCAAGGAGAACCAGUCAUAAGGAAAAACUCCAUCCUAGUCAUCUCUGUCCCAAAGUGGAUGGAUGGACCUUGGAAAUUGGUGGGGCUCACCAUCCCUUGAGGACUUCAAGUCCAGGCUGUACGCCUGGCUCCUUGGUCCAACAGGUUGCAGAAGGGAUUCUUGGACUAGAUGACCACUAAAAAAAGAACCCUAGCAACUCUGAGAAUCAGUGAUUCGGUGAAGCCAAAUCCCUCUUCCACAGUACGGCUUUCCCAAUGCUUGAGUCAUGAUGUUCCCCCUCCCUAAGUUUUCCUUUCUUCAGACUAAAUAGUCACAGUUCUCCAA